UAGUAAUGGCUAAGCUCUUUCCUAAGCUGGUUUCCUCUCUUGCCGUUCUUCUUCUUCUUUGUCAAUUUGGCUAUGUAGCCUGUCAACCAACGUUGCCUGCAGAUGAAGCAAAGGCUUUGGAUGACUUGUUGAAAAAGUUAGGGUGGGGUUUUCAUCCAAAUAUCGCACGCUCGGCUUGUUCCUCUAAUUUUGAAUACAUCAAAUGCGAUUGCACUGAUGAGAACAGAACAGUUUGUCAUGUCACCCGCCUAACGCUCCCAGACCAGGACUUAACUGGAGAAAUAAAUGCUGAAGCCUUGGCUAGUCUCGUUUACCUAAAAGCAAUUGGUUUGUCCAAGAAUCAACUUCAUGGUAGCAUCCCUCUCACCUUGGGGAACUUGAGUUCACUCACCCGUCUCGAUCUCUCCACAAACUUUCUCAAUGGCUCCAUACCUCCAUCCUUGGAGAAUUUGUCGUCCCUCCAAUAUCUCCGUCUCUCGAGAAACUUCCUCAAUGGCUCCAUACCUUCAUCUUUGGGGAAUUUGUCGUCCCUCAAAUAUUUGAGUUUGUCGUAUAAUAAGUUAUCAAGUCAAAUCCCUAAAGAAUUGAGCAACCUCUCUAAUCUCCUAUAUAUGUACUUGGACUUCAAUGAACUCACUAGUCAGCUUCCACCAGAACUUGGAAGAUUGGGAUCUCUUGGUUAUUUAGGGUUGAGCUCCAACAAUUUGGGAGGAAAACUGCCGGAAAAUUAUGCUAACUUUACGGGAUUGCAGUGGUUUAGCGUAGCUGGGAAUCGUUUGACCGGUCAAGUACCAAGUUUCAUUGCGGAUUGGAUUAAACUCAAUAGGCUGUCCCUCUCCGGAAAUGAUUUUGAAGGAGAGCUUCCUCUUGAACCUCUUUUUAACAUGUCAAAUCUCCGAUACUUGUUUGUUAGUGAUGUAAAUAGCUCCGGUUUGCCUUUCCCAAAAAAUGCAAAUAUGAAGAAAAUAAGAUACCUGAUGAUAAGGAAUUGCUCAAUAAGUGAUGAAAUCCCCCCGUACAUUGGUGAUUGGUCAAGGUUAAAAUACCUAGACUUGAGCUUUAACAACUUAACUGGUGGAAUACCAGAUUCCAUGAAAAAGCUGAAUUUAAGUAAGAUGUUUCUUACAGGAAAUAUGCUUAAUGGCACAGUACCUUCCUGGGUUCCUGAUACCAUUGAAGACAAGGCGGACUUGUCAUAUAAUAAUUUUGAAAUUCCGCGUGAAGGUCCGAAGAAAGGAGAACGAAAGCUGAACAUGUAAUAAUGGCAACUUCAUUUUCUUCCUCCUUUUUUUUCACUAGCAAGAAUAUUAUUGUCUAUGAAAUCCCAA